UCCUUUGCGCCUGUGAAAUAGUUGCCAGUCAUUGUGUAUGUGCAGCGGCGCUCGCGGCCCUGGUGUGUGAGGCGGUUUAAAGCCUUGGUGUUAGAUUAAUUAAAGAUUUACUUUGCGGUGUUUGACGUGUCGGAGUCAUUAUGAAAGAAACGGCGAAGAGACGCGAGAAGGUGAAGGAGAGUAAAGCGGAGAAGCAGAAGGAGAACCAGGGCCCCGAGGCUCAGGAUGUGGAGAUGCCGGAGGAGGAGAGCUGUGCGGCGGCUAAGCCGGCUAAAGAGCAGGACUCCAUCACUCUGGAAGACAUUAAGGAGCAGGUGAAGCAGAUCGAGAAGGCCGUGUCGGGUAAAGAGCCGCGUUUCGUCCUGCGAGCGCUGCGAGCUCUUCCCUCCACCAGCCGCCGCCUCAAUCCCAACGUCCUCCACAAAGCCAUCUCAGGCUUCUACACCUCCAACGCCACGGGGAAGGAGUUCCUGCUCGGGUUCCUGGAGGAGCCGAUGGACACAGAGGGAGAUGUUCAGUUCAGGCCUCGGAUCGGUAAAGCAGCAGCUGCUCCUCUGAUCCCUGAAGUGGAGGCGUAUCUCCAGCUGCUGCUGCUCGUCUACCUCAUCAACAACAAACGCUACGCCGAGGCGCAGAAGGUAUCAGAUGACCUGCUGCAGAAGAUCAGCUCUCAGAACCGCAGAGCUUUGGACCUGGUGGCAGCGAAGUGUUAUUAUUACCACUGCAGAGUGUACGAGUUCCUCAACCAGCUGGACACAGUGCGCAGCUUCCUGCACACGCGCUUGAGGACGGCUACGUUACGCCACGACUCAGACGGUCAGGCCACGCUGCUGAACCUGCUGCUGAGGAACUACCUGCACUACAACCUGUACGACCAGGCCGAGAAACUCGUCUCCAAGUCCGUCUUUCCUGAACUCGCUAACAACAACGAGUGGGCUCGCUACCUCUACUACACCGGACGGAUUAAGGCCAUCCAGCUGGAGUACUCUGAAGCCAGGAGAACUCUGACUAACGCACUGCGUAAAGCUCCACAGCACACCGCCGUCGGCUUCAAACAGACCGUCCAUAAGUUGUUGAUAGUGGUGGAGUUGUUGCUUGGAGAGAUUCCUGACAGACUGCAGUUCCGCCAGCCGUCUCUCAAACGCUCUCUCAUGCCCUACUUCCUCCUCACUCAGGCGGUGAGGACUGGGAACUUGGCCAAGUUUAAUCAGGUCCUGGAUCAGUUUGGAGAGAAGUUUCAGGCUGACGGGACGUACACGCUUAUCAUCCGCCUCAGACACAAUGUCAUUAAAACCGGUGUGAGGAUGAUCAGCUUGUCGUAUUCGCGGAUCUCUCUGGCUGAUAUCGCUCAGAAACUGCAGCUGGACAGUCCUGAGGAUGCGGAGUUCAUCGUGGCAAAGGCGAUCCGUGACGGCGUGAUCGAGGCGAGUAUAAACCACGAGAAGGGUUACGUCCAGUCCAAGGAGACGAUGGACAUUUACGGCACUCGGGAGCCUCAGCUCGCCUUCCACCAGCGAAUCUCCUUCUGCCUGGACAUCCACAACAUGUCCGUCAAGGCCAUGAGAUUCCCACCCAAGGCCUACAACAAGGACCUGGAGUCUGCAGAGGAGCGCAGGGAGCGGGAGCAGCAGGAUCUGGAGUUUGCUAAAGAAAUGGCUGAGGAUGAUGAUGACAGUUUCCCAUAAAUUCAAAAUUUAAACCUGCUCUUUUUUUCCUUCUUCUUCUUCUUCUUCUAUUUUUUUUUUUUUUUUAAAGUCUAUUUACACUCUGUUUGCCGUGUAGUAAGCGUUCAGUCCUGUAGCAUACCUCUUAUCUGCCUGGAUUUAAACAAAAAAAAAGUCUCAUACACAUCCAUAAUAUUUAUGAUGAUUAAAUUCAGCGUGAGCUCUAACCUCCUGAAUCUCACUCUCUCACACACACACACACACACACACACACACACACACUCGGCUAACAGGUGUGUGUUUGGCCCGGUCCUGAGCUGAUGUGAGGUGGUUUAUUAGUGAGAAUGAACCAGAGUUCGGUUUAUAACUGCAGUAAGAGCGGAACUGAAUGUGGCGUUAACUGAAACAGUGAUUUAGCAGAGAUUAUAAAGAUGAAAUGGUAAUUACUUUUCGAAUAAAUAAGAUCUGUAGCUACGUUUCAGCGGAAAAAAGCAUCAAGCAAAACAGAAAAAUGUAGCUAGAGAUCUUACAUCUUUCUAUAAACAGCCCUGCUAACACCUUCAUAAUAACCAUCAUUUAACAUCAGCACGAAACAUCCGUCGCAUCGUUUACCUGAUAAUGAAAUAAUCACGGCCAAAUCAGAUACUUAUUCAUUUAUUAUUAGUAUAAUUAGUAGAAUUUAUUAAUAUUAGUGAGAUAUUUUACUGAGCUGUCGGUGUGCUUCAUUUAGGCCGAACUUCCUAAUAAUCGAAUAUUUGAUUUGUUUAUGAUUAUUUCUUAAUAAAGAAAAAGUUCACAUCUUCUAAACGAUUAUUAUGAACUCACUGACCUGGUGAUAACUGUUAGUUAGUUAGUUAGUAGCUAGUUAAUGAAUACUUAAACUAUUAUAUAAUGAUAAAUUAACUAGUAAGUAACAGUGACUCAUUUGUACUUCUGUUUCUAAUAUUUACUACUAACUAAUGUUUCAGGAAGAGUUAUUAAUACAUUUAGUACGGAGCCGUGAAUCCUUGUGGUUGAUAUAAAAUUAGUAAAGCUGUCCUUCAUUUUGUAAUCUCUGAUAAAUCCCUGCUGGUCUCGGUUAAUCAUCAGGCAAACCUGGAGGUAAGAGGUUGAGAGAUUGUGCUCGCUGACAGCCAACGUUCCUGAAGGCGUUAAAUAAAUAAAACUUUUCCCUCAGCUCGCUCUGAUAAUGUGCUGAUGUCCCAAAGCGGGGUUCUGUGGCAGGAUGGUGCAACACGGAGCGCUUUUCUGUAGAAUGAAACCGAGCUUCACGUGGUGAUGUGAGUGAUGAUUCAGUGUAUAAAUAAAGUUGCUUUUCUACGAAGAA